CAGCAGCGCUUUGACACUAGGGAUCUGUGAUCUGGUAACACUGUUCCGUACGCUGAAACUCGCAGCAUUACAUUUAAAAUAAACAAUUCUUGCCGUAAUGCAACGCGGCAUUGACACCUUCUUCAAACGACUGCCGGCCAAGCCGAAAAGUGCCGAGGACGAAAAUGGAGAGACGCCGUCCAAGGCGCCAAAACGCAGGAAGGCCUUGAUCAUUUCCAGCGAUGAGGACGAGGUGGUUAGUCCGCCGGAGACCAAGAAACGUAAGGCUACGAAGGCAGCAUCCAGCGAGUGUGAAGUGGUGUCCGCCUCAGAGCCGGAAGCGAAGACAGUCGGGAACAGACAGAAACCAGCGCUGUCCAAGCUUAAGAGGCACGUGGAUCCUACUGAGCUUUUCGGCGGAGAAACCAAGCGGGUGGUUGUACCCAAACCGAAGACCAAAGCAGUUCUCGAGUUCGAAAACGAGGACAUUGACCGGAGUUUAAUGGAAGUUGAUCUGGACGAGAGUAUCAAAGAGACUGCGCCGGUAAAAAAGCGUCAGUCGCAUACAAGGAGCUCUCCCUCCCCAAAAAAAGCAAAAAGAAGCAGUCCGGAACCGCCUAAACCCAAGUCAAUUAAAUCGAAAGCCACCACUCCGCGAGUGAAGAAGGAGAAACCUGCGGCAGAUCUGGAAUCCAGUGUCCUAACAGACGAAGAACGCCACGAGCGUAAACGUGUUUCCGCCGUGCUCUACCAAAAGUACAAAAACCGCAGUUCGUGCCUGAACCCAGGCAGCAAGGAAAUCCCAAAGGGAUCCCCGGAUUGUCUGAGUGGCUUAACAUUUGUGGUAACCGGAGUCCUUGAGUCCAUGGAACGGGAGGAGGCGGAGUCUGUGAUCAAGGAGUAUGGCGGAAGGGUUAUGACCGUGGUCGGAAAAAAACUUAAGUAUCUGGUCGUAGGAGAAGAAGCUGGGCCAAAGAAAUUGGCUGUGGCUGAGGAACUCAAUAUACCCAUUCUCAGCGAGGACGGGCUCUUCGAUCUAAUCAGGGAGAAAUCAGGAAUGGCUAAGCAAGUAAAGGAGGAGAAAAAGAGCCCCAAGGAGGAGCAUGGCUCCGAGGAGAAAGAGAGGAAGGAGGUCAAGACUUCUAGAAGGUCCAAUGAUAAAAAGGAGAAGGAGGUCACUAAACAUAGAAGUGGUGAGAUGCAUGAUGUCGCCAAACAUAAAGUCAAGAAAGAACACACUUCUCCCAAGGAGAUGAUGGAAAAGCUGAAUAAUGUGCCGGCUGUUACAUUGAAAGUAAAAAAGGAGCCCAGCUCCCAGAAAGAAAACUAUCCAUCGCCAAGAACUGCCGAACUGAAGACUCAGGAUGUGGUCGGGAUGGCCUGGGUGGACAAGCACAAGCCUACGAACAUAAAAGAAAUAGUUGGCCAGGCAGGAGCCGCCAGCAACGUGACCAAGCUGAUGAACUGGCUGUCCAAGUGGUACGUAAACCAUGAUGGAAACAAGAAGCCCCAACGACCCAAUCCUUGGGCCAAGAACGACGAUGGCAGCUUCUACAAGGCGGCCCUGCUUUCGGGACCCCCUGGAAUAGGAAAGACCACGACGGCGACUCUAGUAGUGAAGGAGCUUGGCUUCGAUGCGGUGGAGUUCAACGCCUCUGACACACGCAGCAAACGCUUGCUCAAGGAUGAAGUAUCCACGCUGCUAAGCAACAAAUCUCUCUCUGGAUACUUUACAGGGCAAGGACAAGCGGUCUCCCGAAAGCACGUGCUCAUUAUGGACGAAGUUGAUGGAAUGGCCGGUAACGAGGACCGUGGUGGAAUGCAGGAGCUGAUCGCCUUGAUUAAGGAUAGCUCUAUUCCGAUUAUUUGCAUGUGUAAUGAUCGCAACCAUCCGAAGAUUCGGUCCCUGGUAAACUACUGCUAUGAUCUGCGAUUCCAGAGACCUCGUCUCGAGCAAAUCAAAGGAAAAAUAAUGAGCAUCUGCUUCAAGGAGAAAGUUAAGAUAUCACCCGCAAAAGUGGAAGAAAUUAUAGCGGCUACCAACAACGAUAUUCGGCAAUCCAUUAACCACAUUGCUCUGCUGAGCGCCAAGGAAGAUGGUUCCCAAAAAUCCGGGCAACAGGUUGCCACCAAGGAUCUGAAGCUGGGGCCCUGGGAGGUGGUGCGAAAAGUCUUUACAGCAGACGAGCACAAACAUAUGACCCUCGGCGACAAGAGCGACCUUUUCUUUCACGACUACAGCCUGGCGCCUCUCUUCGUGCAGCAAAACUAUCUCCAGGUCCUACCGCAGGGGAACAAGAGCGAUGUCCUGGCCAAGGUGGCAGCUACGGCAGAUGCCCUAAGCUUGGGCGACCUUGUUGAUAAGCGAAUUCGUGCGAACUCUGCUUGGAGUCUUCUGCCCACUCAGGCCUUUUUUAGCUCUGUCCUUCCUGGCGAGCACAUGUGUGGUCACUUUACUGGACAGAUCAACUUUCCUGGGUGGCUGGGCAAGAAUUCCAAGUCUGGAAAACGUGCCAGGCUUGCCCAGGAGCUGCACGAUCACACUAGGGUCUGCACCUCGGCUUCAAGACUAUCGGUGAGGCUGGAUUACGCCCCCUUCCUGCUCAAUAAUAUUGUGCGACCUUUGGCAAAGGAUGGGCAGGAGGGAGUGCCCGCUGCUUUAGAGGCUAUGAAGGAUUACCAUCUACUCCGCGAGGAUCUGGACUUGCUGGUCGAGCUUACCUCCUGGCCGGGCAAGAAAUCCCCCCUAGAUGCAGUGGAUGGGAGGGUAAAAGCUGCUUUAACGCGAUCCUACAACAAAGAGGUUAUGGCAUACUCCUAUUCCGCUCAAGCUGGCAUUAAGAAGAAAAAAUCAGAGGCUGGUGGCGCGGAUGACUUGGCCGAAAAUUCGGGCGAAGAGGACGGAACUCACAUAUCUUCAGAGGAAGACGAAGACAAGGACAACAUCGAGCUGGAUGCUUUGAUCAAAGCUAAAAGAAAGACAACUACGUCAAAAUCAGCUGGUGGAUCCAAAAAGGCAUCAUCUUCUACGGCUUCAAAGCCUAAGGCCAAGGCCAAAAAGUAAACGCACUAAAGAUUUCGUAUAUUAUAUGAUUUUUUUUGCCAUAAAAUUUCUCAUUUAGUAGUAAUUUUUGUUUAGAUUCUUGCCAGCACUGGCUAUAAAAAUAUAAAUGUACCAAUAAAAUACGUGCUUAAAUUACAAAACUUA